GAUAAAAACACGUCGCAAAUUAAAUAAAAGACGAGUGAUCUAAACAAUAAACACACUCAUUAAGAGUGAUGAAAAAUGAAUAUAAAGAGUGUAAUUUAAUAAUAAUAAAUUGUAUGUAAACUUGCGGAAAUUGUGUCGAGCGACUGGUGAAAAUGAAUGGUAAAAUGCACAGUGCUACCGGCGCUUUCUCAAAUGACGGCAUGCGCGCCGAAAUAUUGAACCCUUUUGUCCACAAAUUGGAAUUAGAUAACACAUACGACAAAAUAAAGACGGCGAUAUUCACUGUGAUCUUACUUCCAUUCCGAGUGAUCGUGAUCUGCUACUUGAUUGUCACGGCAUGGUUCCUCGCGUGCAUCGGGCUCUAUGGCCUCAGCGAAGAGGACCUCAGGCGGAAACCCAUGACUGGGUGGCGAAGGGCUCUAAGACCAGUGAUAUGUUUUAUUGGCAAGCUAUCUUACCUAGCCGGUGGGAUGGCGAUUACCGUAAGAGGUCGGCAAGUCAGCCGGGAGGAGGCGCCAAUCCUGGUUGUUGCACCACAUUCGUCAUUCCUCGAUAGCUGCAUUGUGUACGCUACAAAGAUGUCCUCAGUGAUCGUGAGGAAGGAAAGCAUGGACAAUUAUGUUGGAAAGCUAAUAAACUAUACGCAGCCCGUGUACGUGUGGCGCGAUGACCCUAAUUCUCGACAGAACACAAUCAAGGAGAUCAUCGAGCGGGCGACGUCCAAAGAAGACUGGCCACAGGUUCUAAUAUUCCCGGAAGGCACGUGCACCAACCGCUCGUGCUUGAUCACGUUCAAGCCCGGCGGGUUCUACCCUGGAGUGCCAGUGCAGCCGGUGACUAUCCGCUACCCAAACGCACGGGAUACCGUCACUUGGACUUGGGAAGGUCCGGGAGCGUUGAAGCUGCUGUGGCUGACGCUGACACAAGUACACAGCUCGUGCGAGAUUGAGUUCCUGCCCGUAUACUACCCGAGCGAAGAGGAGAAGCGGGACCCCAAGCUGUACGCCAGGAACGUCAGAGAUGUGAUGGCCAAGGCUUUGGGAGUACCGGUUUUGGACUACACGUACGAUGACUGCCGGCUGAUCGCGCGAGCCAAGCAACUCGGCAUUCCCGGGGCCACAUCAGCCAGAGAAGUCAGCGAGCUAAGAAGCCAGUUGGGGCUAGAACGUUCUCAGCUGGAGCUGCACCUCGCAGCAUCAGGCAUGGCGGGGCGAGCGCGUUGGCUCUCUGCAGACGAGUUCGCGGUGCGCCUCGGCGUGCCCGCCAACGACCUCUCCUUCCGGCUCUACAACAUCUUUGUUCAGAGAUCGAGCGGCCUGGUGUACUUUCCGGACUAUCUACUCUGUGCCGCGUUUCUGUCUCUGCAACACGCGCCUCUGUCACAUCUUCUCUCGUAUGCCUUCAAGUUAUACGACAGCCAAGGGUUUGGGAGACUGAACCCGAGCAAUUUCGAGGAGGUUGCGACACGGUGUCUGGGGCUGUGUCAGGAAGACGCACAAAACACAUUCCGGCAAGCCGAUCUCGACGAGAAGGGGUAUAUUACUUACGACGAGUUCAUAUCGUACGCGCAAAAGAAAACGGAAUUCGCGCACAUAUUCGCGAGUGACACGUCGCAUCACAAACCCAAGACACAGUGAGAUUUGCCCCUUCCUGUACCCACUGUCUGCGGUCAGGUACCCUGAGAAUUCAAACUGCCAGACUGUUGGUACUUUGACCAAACCAUCACGGAUUGACAGAAACUUGUUAAUACAUUGACAUUGUCAUUGUAAAUGUCUCGUAUUGACAGUAACUUAUUUAUACACUGUCAGAACCAUUAUUAAGUCACAUAUUUCAUUUCAAUUUAAAACUAUUUGUGUGUAAAGGUGGUUUGCCAAAGUCCGUGAUUUUACCGAUCACCACGCACGAGCUCGCACAUGCGCACAAUGGGAAGGAACUCGUCCGUGGUAACGCAGACGCGUCCGUACCGGUGCGUGUUUGGAUGUCAGUGGUCGUGUGUUGUACAAUCACGGAUAGUGGGAGGCCGCCAUAACAAUGUUAUUAUAAUCUUGUUCUGUUUUAAAAGGAAAAUACUCGUCAAAUUAAUAUCAUAUUAAUAUUUGAGGAAGUAACACGUGUCCUUCUAAAUAUGGAUUAUAUAUUAUAUGGAAGAAUGAUAACGAAAAAGAACUGACUAAAGGAAAUUACUUAUGAAUGACUUAUGAUAGGUACUGUGCUGGUAAAAAAAAUUACGGUAAUAUAUUGCAAAAUCUAAUUAUUUUCACAAGUUUAAAUAAUGGUUUAACC